UCUAAUUGCGAUUGUCUAAGUUAAAAUAGGUGAAUUAUGGUUAGAACUUGUAACCAAAUGGUUGAAAGUUGAAUGGCCUCAGGACUAAAUCGUCCCUAAAUGUUUUACUCAAGUUACUUUAGAAGAGUAAGUGAAAUUGAUUUUCAGUCUAUCAUCUUGAUAAUGAAAAAUAUUUUGAUUUUGAGCGGAGGAAACUAUGGUAUCAGUCAGCAAGGCGUACCUUUAGUUUUGAGAUAAAUCAAGCUUUCUGCGAGAUGAGAAUCUGCCACACAACUUCAAAGUCUGAGAAGUUAUCACUUUAUUAAUGGGAUGAUUGAAUACAGUUGAAUGAAUCAUUUGUUUAACAUCCUAUCUGUAUUUCAAUGAUAAUAGUUAUCGAUUGAGAAUUAUUGAAAAUAGAAGAACUGAACAGUCAGUUUGUGAUACAAUGCAAUUUACGUCUAGUGUCAAUGAUGAUCAACCAUCAUACAAUCAACUUGAUUAACUCUUCAAAUCACAUUUUCUGAUAGACAUUUCACUAAAUAAUUAUAUUCAUCUGGAUGUUGAAGUAUGCCAUAAUUAAACUGUGUAAUUGGUUUCCUGGGAUCCAAUGGCAUUGGUUCUCUAUUUCCAUUUUUGAAUUCGUCGUCGUAUAGCUUUUGUUGUUGUUUUCUUUUCUCUGGAUCGUCACCAAGAUUUUUUGAUGAAAGUCUGGUUGGAGUUAAUGGAGUAGCUGUGUGAAGAAAAAAUACACAAAGGAACAAAGGUAACUGUUGUAAAUAAUCGCCAAGAAAUGGAGACAGACAUAAGAAUGAACAAUUGGAUAGGAAUAAGAAGGAAGGCCCAGGACAUAGUGAGUUGGAGAAUGCUGGUCGGCGGCCUAUGUUCCAUUGGGAGUAAUAGGUGUAUCACUUUUGUUUGUCCAACGGAAUUAAUUGCAUUUAGUGAAAGAGCUGCUGAGUUCCAAUCUAGAGAAUGUCAAGUAAUCGCAUGCUCAACUGAUUCAGUCUAUGCUCAUUUAGCAUGGACGAAAUUGGAUCGCAAAGCUGGUGGUUUGGGGCAAAUGAAUAUACCUUUGCUGUCCGAUAAAAACCUAAAGAUAUCACGAGCGUACGAGGUUCUUGACGAACAGGAAGGUCAUGCAUUCAGGCGGUACUUGCAUAAAGACGAGCCAUAUCCUGAGUCUGUGCCCGUAAACUGACUCCGUAUUUAUUUGUUUGUUUCUAGAGGGAGAUCAGUUGAUGAGGCGAUUCGUCUUUUGGAUGCUUUUAUUUUCUUUGAGAAACAUGGCGAAGUUUGUCCAGCGAACUGGAAACCAAAUUCAGCAACAAUAGUACCCGAUCCUGUUGCUUCUCUCUCCUACUUCUCGUCUGUGCACUGAGGUUUUUGUAUUGAUAUCAUAUUUUAGUUAACAUUAAUAAACAGUUUUUGUCAUCUGUUUCAAUGGGUUUUGUGUGGGAUGCAUUUUAUGCGUAGAAUGUUGCACUAUCUGCUGGGUAUAACAGGG